GUCGUUUUUCCCUCUGUAUUUCUCAAUAUUAUAGUGUUAUAGAAAUUUUUUUACUUCAAAAAAAAAAAAAAAAAAAGUGUAUGUGAAAAAAAUUAUUCUCUUCCUUGUGAGGAAGGAGAAUUUCUGUAAUUAUGGUUGUCUCCAGUGAAAUUGAUUUGCAAAUUCCUCUUCACAGUCCAUCAUUUCUUGAACGUCAUUUUCGUAUAAAAAGGGAAGAUGAGGAGUGGAGUGACUCGGAGAAGACACCGUCCGUGAGUAGCGGAGUCGAAGGAGGAGGAUCAGCAGUCUCGAGUCCUUCAGCACCAGCUGUUGAUGAGGAAUCAAGUUUACCACCUCCACCAAGACUCAACUCCGUCUUACCUGUGAUAACUCCGAAUUCCGUUGCCGAGGACAUCCGGUUACGAUUUAAUGUACUCUCCGAAGAUGCGAGAAAACGACUCUCUAGUCUCACCGAGGAUAUUGAGGCAUCAAGAGGAUCGAGGGAAAGGCAUUCGUCGACAAAAACAACACCAUCAACACAUGAAUCGAGUCCAAAAGCAACGCGUCUCGACAUUGACGAGGACUCGAAUAUGGUUAUCAAAGAUUCGGAAGAUUGUGGCCGACCAUCAUCCUCAUCAUCAUCAUCGACACGCCGAAGAGAUGCUAGAAGAGAUUCCGAGGAUUCACGACGAUCAGACGAUACAUCUUGUGACACGAAAAAAGCAAGAUUAGAUGAUGAAGUCACACCAAGAUUGAGACUGAAUACUAGUCUGGCAACGGAUCCUGCAUUGCGGCCAGCCACCGUUGCCGCUCUCACAAUCAAACCCGAAAAUAUUUCACCUCCAAAUCAAACCCCACCACUUCCCGUUGGACUUCAAAAUGCGAUAGCCUCGGGACGACUUUUUGUAUUGCCAACGGAUGGCAAGGAAACGAUAACAUUAGAACCGGCAAGACCAGCGCCAUUAAUUUGUCCUCCAUGCGGAAUUAGAUUUAGUUCAGCGAGUACUUUGGAGGCUCAUCAGACAUUUUAUUGUGCUCAUCGACCACGUCUCGAGGAAGACAAUGCAAAUAAUGACGAGGAUGAUGAAAAAAGUGGCAAAUUUGACGUUCGUAAGGCAUACGCUUGUCCACAUUGUUCAUACAGUGCUGACAAAAAAGUUUCUCUCAAUCGUCACAUGAGGAUGCAUGCGGCUUCACCUGUAACACCUUCAGUACCACCUGCUCCAACUACUCCCGUGGGAAAUUCUGGAUCUGUCACUCCCGUUGCCAAUGGAUCGUUGAAUGAGGAGGCAGAGAGAUACUGCCGAAAUUGCGACAUCAGGUUUAGUUCGUUGAAAACGUAUCGCGCCCACAAGGCACAUUAUUGUAACACAAGACACGUGGUAAAAGAUGCACAGCCUGCUCCAGCAUCAGUGAAAGCAUCACCGCCAACGAGUUCGAGUCCUGGUGAUUCGCCUCCACCUCAACCGUGUCUAGCGCUACCGACAAAUCCAAUUCUCAUUGUUCCUUAUUCGCUGUUCCGCGGUGCCAGUGUUCUUGCAGCACCCGCUCUUCCUGCUCCCGACACUGCAUGCUUCCUGUUGCCAAAUGGAUCGUUGCAACCAAUGACAAGGGGUAUUUCAACGACUCAAAAUACCAUCACCGAAGCUCCAUCGGUGCUUCGCGCUGCAAAUAAACCAUCGACACCGUCUUCUAUUGGCUCUACCUCAACGUCACCCUCGGCUCCCGCCUCAGCACCACUCGAUCUCAGUAUCAGGCGUUCGCCUGUACAUCAGGACGAAAAGGAGAAUAGAGUUUCACCAGCGCCCACAUCCCUACCGCCACCACCGGGAAGUCCCAGAUCCCGUGGUAGCGGUAGUCCACGAUCAAGAACCAUUUCGACAAAUCAAAAUACAAACGCUGUUGUUUCAACGCCCACCACUGAACUUGCGCUUAGAUUGACUGAUUUACCACCACCACCAGCUCCCGGAGUUCUCGUUAAACAAGGUGUCUCCAGGUGUAAGGAGUGUAAUAUUGUAUUUUGUCGUCACGAAAAUUUUGUGGCCCACAAAAAACAUUAUUGUCAAGCAAGAGAAAGUACAAUAAGCAGUCCACCACCUCCUGGAACGCCUUCACCUCCUCUUGUUCAGCUUAUAUGCGCCGCUUGUGGUAUUAAAUUUGCUUCAAUGGACAAUCUUGCUGCUCAUCAAGCGUUCUACUGUCCUAAGAGGCCCGAAUCUCAGGAACAUCACACACGAUGUCACAAAUGCAAGGCAAUAAUCGAAUCAGGAAGUACUCAUACGUGUACCAGCAGUUCGACAGGUGGAUGGCGAUGUCCAGUUUGCGGUGCAGUGAGUCCGACAGCUUUAGCCGCUCAACGACAUAUGGAUGCUCAUCAAGGUGUUAAAGCAUUUAGGUGUACAAUUUGUCGAUAUAAAGGAAAUACCCUUCGUGGCAUGAGGACACAUAUCAGAAUGCAUUUUGAGAAACGUGGCACAGAUCUGCAGGAGGAAAAUUACAUAACAUGCGUUUUGGACGAUGACACAACAACACCAACACCUGAGCCACCUCCGGCAGUAACACCUGAUGAAAUUCCUGCUGAAACUCAAGUUAAUGGAAAAUCGGAAGUGAGAAAAAGUAGUCCACAGCCAACAACAAAUUCACCACAGCAGCCACCGGCAACACAAACUUUGCAUGUAGCUGGAAAAGUGAAACAGGAACGUGAAGAUACACCACCACCUGAGGAAAGUCUCGAUCCAAAUAAAACAGGACCACGAUAUUGUCGAUCCUGUGACAUUAGCUUCACCUAUCUAAGCACUUUUAUCGCUCAUAAAAAAUUCUAUUGCUCUAGCCACACCGGCGAGGCUAGUAACAAUAACAAUAAUAACAAUAAUAAUUCCAGCAGCCAUACCACUACGCCACCAACCGGCAGGGCAGAGGCUCCUGUACUAUAAAUUUAUAGCCAAAAGUCUUUUCUUCUAUAUAGUGAAAAAAAAAAUUUUCUCUGAAGUAGUAUUAAACUAAUUUAUUUUUCUUAAUUCUUUUUUCUAGAUUAUAUUUUCUCCUCUUUUUUGACAGGAAAAAUUCUUGUCUGAAUAAUCUUACCGACAUAGCAAUUAAGGAUAUUUUUUUUUUUGCAAUUAUCGCAUAUGGUACUUAUAAAAAAAAAUCAAUUUCGUUUUUCUAUUAAUUUAUUUCUUGGAGAGAAAAUUUUUCAAGUUCAGAGAUUCUCUUUUUCACUAUAUAUAUACAAAUUAAAGUCUCCCGUUUCAUUAUUAAUGUGAAUUUAUUUAUCAAAAAAGAUAUAAAAAUAGAAAGAAAAAACGCGAGACUUUAGUUUGAAGAUUCAUAAAUAGGACUGUUAAUUGUUGCCAGUUUAUACAUAGAUAUCGACUAUCGGCUUAUAGUUAAUUACACAGUGUGAUUUUCGUUGAUCCAGGGAAUUGUUCUUAAAUUUAAGUCCAAAAAAUACCAACCUGUAAAUAUACGCAAUAUAUAACAUAAGUUUCGAAAGUCAGGGCUUUUUGGUCAACGUGGACUUCCUUUUUUUUUUUUUUUCUCGAAAGAUGUUGUAAGUCAAAGAGAGAGAAUCAUUUUGAAAAUGUUUUUCGCCUUUAUGUAUAUGUACAUAUUAUUAAUAUAAAACAUCGUACUGAGAUGAUUAUCAUCAAUGAUCUCGUGUUUUUGCGAUUUAAAACAAAAAAGAAUGAAAGAAUAAAAAAAUUGUCGAAGAAAAUUCGAAAGCAAAUAAUAGUCUCGAAUUUCUCGGAAUUAUUGACCCAAGUGAGGGUGUGCAAUCUCAUGACUUUAAUAAUCUCGUAGAAUAGUUUGACAUACCUAAGGAAACAAAAAAAAAAAUAAAAAAAAAUGAAUGAAUGUAAAAUGUUGUACAGUAGAGGAAUUAGGAAUUAAUUAGCGAACAUCCUGAAUGAUACCAAUCUCAGCUUGUGAAUCUGUUAAGUUACAUUGCAAUAUAACAUUUAAUAUAUUAUUGUAAUAACGACUAGUUACAUGCCCGCAACCAUAAAAAAAAAGUGCGCUCGCUUUACAUUUUUCAAAUGAGCGUUCUUUUAUUUCUGUAAUUUUAUUAAAUUAUAGAAAAAAAAAUUAUUCUUGCGUUUCAAAAUAUUUAAAAGUUUAAAAAUUGUUACAGAUUUUUAAAAUCUAGUUGAGAGGUACAAUAUGCCAAAAGUUUUUUUUUUUUUUUGGACAAAAAUUAAUUGUUACUAAAAUCGUUUUUUUUAAUCUAUGUGAAUUAAAAAAAGUAAAUUUAAAAAAUUAUAAAAACAUUUACAAAAUGUUUUAUUUAGUUUUGGCAGUAAGUGUCGCCGAUAAAAUACCUAAAAAUUAUUUUUUUAAAUUAUUAGUCAGAUAUUUAGUAAUAAAUUUUAUGAAUUAAAUUCAUUAAUAGAAGAGAGUUAAUUAUUGAUCUGAUUUUUUCGAAUUCUCGGAACAAUUUAUAUUCUAGGAAGCUUCGAAUAGAUUUUAUUCUUUUUUUUGAAUAGUUUUUGAUAUUUUGUAUAUAGAAAAUUUUUAUUACAAUUUUCUUAUUCGAAUGAAAGGAAGAGAGCGUUUUUUUUUAA